UCCCAACAAAUUCUCUCUAUCCAAAUACACAAACAAAACAUCCAAGCUCAGCUCAAAUGGGAAACAGCUGUUCGUCAUCGUCCUCCCAUAUACUGAUCAAAAGUUCAGAGAGACUAGAGAAUCCGCCGCCGGCUGCCGGAGUAGCCAUAGUAGUGAAGCUGGACGGGAAAGCCCAAGAGUUCUGGCAGCCGUUAAGGGCUGGCGACGUUCUAUCAGAGAACCCGAACUGCAUCCUCUGCAGCUCGGAGACAUUGAAUGUCGGAUCGCCGGUAACGGACUUGGCCGGAGACGAUGAGCUGCAGCCCGGCCAGCUUUACUUCCUUCUCCCCACCGCCAAGUCCCACGCGCCGCUCUCUCUUCACGAUUUGUGUGCUCUGGCCGUCAAAGCCAGCGCCGCACUCGGUGGCAGAGGUGCCGGACUAAUCCUCGACGACGUGAGAGAAAAUCGCCGCCGCGCUCGUCCAUCGCCGGGCUGCCGGGUUUUCUCGGCCGGAGCAUUAGUGGCGGCGGAUGCUGCGGCAUCGUUUGGAUGGAUCAUCAAGUUGUUUAUGGUAACCAAAAGGUUGACUUCGGUCAUCUUUGAACCAAAGUCGUCGUCAUAUUGCGUUGAAAGUUGAUUUUUAACCCAUAAUUAUCAAUUUGAAUUACUGUAUUAAGUAUGGGCACACCAAGCAGGGCACAUUAUGUUACAAGAAAUUUUAAUUCUUUGA